AUGAUGAUAGAAAAUUUUAACCGCUUCAAACGUGUUCAAUUCACAUGGGCUUACGGCAACUAUACUGUAGAGUUCUUUUGCAGUAUCAGAAAGGGUAAAACCGAGGGCAGCGUCAAGCGUAUUGCCACUGAAAUUGUGAAUGCAUUAGAAACAGAGAUGCAGAGCAGACUUAUCAAGAAGAUCACAGCAUGCCUUACAGACGGCGGUAGCUUGUCCAAUCUGAAGAAGGAUUGCUUCGAGUAA